AAUACAGAAAAACGAAAGUUGUAUUUAUUCAACAACCAACAGAGUUCACUAAAGUUCUACAAAAUAGCAAUAUUUGUGUUGAUUAUAUUGAAUCAAAAUGAAUGUCAAGCAGCACAAUUUGAAUCAAGUUUAUAUCCCUUCACAGGAUAUACCAAUAUGAAAAAAGAAGGAAUAGGCAGUGUUUACAAUUGGUACAGUUCAAUCAAUAGCAAUGUGUGGAUGUUAACUUUUGAUGAUGAGUAUUGCAUAGAUACUUUGAUUGUUGUUUCAGAUAAUGAUACCUUGUUGUUUGAAAUAACCUUAUUUAGCCAUGAUCAAAAGAUUCAACAGGAUGCAGGUCGCAAUCUAUCUCCUCAAAGAAAGGAUAUGUUAAAUAAAAAAUAUUAUUAUGAUUAUAAAUUUACACCAAUAAAAGCUAAAAGUAUGAAAAUUAAACUGGUCGAUGUUUUUUUUUAUGUGGAAGUAUAUGUAACAGCACUCCAAAAAUCAUCCUAUUUCUUACAAAGUAAUGAAAGUCAAUAUCAGAUUUCUGAAGCUUCUUAUUACUCAUCUGGUCAAAGUUUUACAUUAAAACAACUUCAAAGUUUACUGAAUACUUCAAGUAGAUCCUAUUUAACGAUAAGGCCACAAACAACUGUGUUUGAUAUAUCUCCUAUUGCAUGGUUUACAGUAAAAUUAAAGAAGGUUCAGUUAGUACAUCAAUUUAUAAUUGCUUCUGGUAAUGAUAUGAAUUCAGUUGGAAAGGUUAAAGUGUACUUUCGUUUAAAUUAUGACAGAGACUUCACUGAGUAUACUGAAAACAAUAUAACAAAGAUCUUCAUUAACAAUUAUGUUCCAUUACAAUGGUUUUGCCAUAACUUAAAAAGUCCUUUUAUGGCUUCUGAAAUCCAAGUCCUUCUGGAUUCAGAAAAUCCUUUAAUGUAUUUUACUAUGGACUUCAGGUUUAUUGAAUCUAUGGAGUACAAAUAUGAAAAACCAGUCAUUGGCUUGUUUAAUAUUUUGGCUGAAGAUAUUAUAAGAAUAAAGUUUAACAAAUCUUUUUUUAUAUCUGGAAUUAUGUUUGAUAGCAUAAAUAACUUAUUAAAAUUUUGCAUUUCCUAUGAUGUAAACAAUGAGUUUGUUCCAUACAGUGACAACAAACUAUUUGAUGAGAAAGUUAAGUUUAAAGUGUUUAGUGAAAUUAGCUUUCGUCCAUUUCGAACAACAGAAAUUUUAUUAUCCGAAUUAGAAUGGUUUAUGACUAGUUCACGUAAAAUAACAGUCACUGUUAAUGGAGACAAUUAUCUGUCAGCUGAUUACACUUGGACAAACUUAAAUUUCAUUUCUUAUAAUGCAUAUGAUGAGUACACUAACACCAAAGGUAGUCAAACGUUGUAUGGAAAUUCAAAAUAUUUACAAAAAAGUAAUCUUAGAAGUAAAUUGAUGAGUGAUUAUUUGGGACCAGACUGCUUCACUCAACCUCACUUAUGUGUCAGUGGAUUUACUAUUCAGUUAGAAGUUGAUGAGUUGUUAUCGGAAGACUUAGUCAAAACUUUUUACUUGUCAGAUCAGUUGGUUGACAAAAAUUCUGAUUCUGGAAAAAUGUUUCUUUUCUUCAAUGACUUCUACUUACCAUCAAAUGCAAGAGUAAAAGAUUUUUAUUUAAAGAUUGGGACAAUCAAGUUCACUGAGAACUUUAAAGCUAGAAUCUAUUUAAUUUUUGUUCCUGAAGAUGAAAUAUUAAAUGGUAUAAAAAAGCUAUUAUACGAAAAUAAAAUUAAUCAAAUUACUAAUGACUCUGAAGUUUUUAUGUUCAAUGGUCCUUUUGGGACAACUCAGUUAUUCAAUCUUACUUUUUUACUGAAAAAAUUACAAGCACAAUAUAAUGGUUUGCUGAAACGGCUAUGCAUCAUGGUUCUCCCACAAAAUCAAACAUUUACAAAUAAUCCUGAUGAUGUUAAGUUACUGAUUACAUAUUCGAACACUGUUAUUGGAGAUGUUCGAAUAUUGAAUCCCUUAAUGGAAAAUAAAUUCUUUGAUUUGUUUAACAAUAUUAUUAAUGUUUACUUUGAUCAAACUUACUGUUUUACUGGAAUUCAUUUGCAUACCAAAUCACCUGUAGAUGUAGAUAUAUUCUUACAAGUUAAAUACUCUGAUACCAUAUGCUCUUUUAUAAAUUGUACUCUUUAUAUUACAUUAAAAAAAGUUUUCAUAAAAGGUGGUGAAAAUAAAUAUGUUGCAUUGAAUGGAUUGAUAAAAACAAAACACUUUAGAAUUAUUUUAUCAAAGGAAGUUGUUCUUCAUUAUCAAUUUUAUGGGAGUGAAAAAACAUUCAGAGCGUUUCCUAUACUAUCUGCUGGUUUAGGAGGACAUCAAAAUUUUACUCAUGGCAAUGGGUUUCAAAUCCAUUUAGUUGACAAUAAAAUUACAGCUACAGUUGUGAGCAUUUAUGGAAGAUACAAUGUUGCAAUGGAGAAGCCAUCAGUGACCCCCUAUACACUUACUCUUGUCUGGUCAAAGCAAAGUUUAAAGUUUUUUUAUAACAAUGAAUUAAAAGAUUUUGGAAAUCUUUUAAAAAAUGUAAAUUACCAAAACUAUACUCAAUUUAAUGAGUAUAUUCUUGUUUUUGCUGACUAUUACAAUGUUGAAUCUGAGCUUCAAGCAAAAUUAUUAAAGAUACAAAUGUGGAACAUACCUUUAACAGAAGAUGAAAUAUCCGAAACUUUAUUCAAUGCUACCCCUAAUGGUUACAGUUAUCCAGAGUCUUUUCUACCUGAAGGAUUUACAAAUGGGUCAGACUGUUAUUGCUCAAAUCAAGUGUGUCCCUGUGAAACUCUUGAGACUUCAUCAACAGUAGAGAUUAUUAGCAAACAUGCACCAUUUGAAAUAGUAUCUGAAGAUGAUUUCAUUGAAGAAGAAUUUUAUUUAAAUAUUAUGGAUUAUACUAAUAAUUCUUUUCGAAUUUAUUUUGAUAUUACUUUUGAUCUGCAAAAUGUGCAAUUUGAAAAUGUAAAUUUUGUUUCAGCAUUGAAGUCUCUUGUACCUGCAUGUUAUAAUGUUGUUAUGCAGAUCUCAAAUAGUUCAGAUGAAGUUCAAAUGAAAUGGUGCAUUUCUAGAAACAUCACUGAGGUUUUUACAAGCCCUGAUCUUACUUCUUUAUUAACUCAACUACUUAAGGCAGCAUCAUAUACACCUCCUGUUACAAUUUUGCUUAAAUUCAAUUACUUAUUUAUUAGUCCUGAAAGUAUACUAAGAAUUGUUUACAAACCAUCAAAACUCGGUGGUUUUAUUUAUUCAACUGCAUCUCAAGUUAGUAUAGAUGAUGUUUUGGAAAAAGUAUUAAUAAAUGUUUCAGGAGGUUGUGUUUCUUUUAAGUUGAAAUUUGGUGGUACUGGGUUUGUUGGCCUUGUUGUUAUUGGUCAUGGGGUAAAUGUUAAAAAGAGGCUGGCGUAUUUUUAUAGACAAGAGGCUCAAGAUAAAUGGCUUGAAAAUUAUCUUGAUUUGAACUCCGAAAAAUUUACCAUGGUUGAGUUUAUUGCCUAUAAAAAUGGACUUGGAAGUGGUUAUGUUGCUUUUGACAAAGUGCUGUUUUUACAGAGUUGUCCAAUUGGGAAAGCAAAAUCAGCAGGUAGUAUUGAACCAGAUAAAGCUUAUUCUUUUUCAAAUCCUGUUGUGAUGGUAACUGACACUUAUGAAUUUUAUACAGCUUUAAAAAAUGCUUCUAUUAAUCAAGGUUCAAUUGGAACAUUGCUAAAUUUUUUUAAUAGUUAUAAUUUUUUGGCUUAUCAUCAACACAUGACAUUUAAAUAUUGGCCUAUCUAUGACUUUACAAUUCUCUUUUGGUUUAAAUACGUGAAAUUUCCUGAUUUCAUCUUCAACAUGACUUAUACUCCUGGUAAUGCUAUUUCAGUUGGUUUUAAUACUUCAUCUUCUGUGUUUUUAAGUUAUAAAAAACUCAAAAAGAAUAUUGGUGUGGAGAGUUUAUUAUGGCAUCAUUUGGUUAUUCAGUAUGAAAGACAAAGCUAUCAGCUUUCUAUUCAAAUAGAUUUCAAAGCAAAGGUAACUUUUAAUGAUGUUCAGCUUUCUGGCAACUCCUCUAUUUCUUUCUGGCUUUCUUACAACAUAAUUUGCUUUCAAGUUUACAAAGAAAUUUUGUUUCCUUCUGCAAUUAAAGCUGUUCAAUUUUGUCCUAUAAAACAAUGGGAUUUAGCCUGUACAAUAAGAAGAAGUCAAUGUGAAUGGUGUAACCCUUUUUAUGGAAGAUGGGAACUAUUACCUUUAGACUACAUUAUUAACAACAAAAUGGCUGAAUGUAUGCAAGAAAGCUUUAAUGGUAAAUUUUAUCAACCCUUCAAUACUAUCAACAACAACAAAUUUGUUGCUGAAUUCUCUGAUAGCUUUGAAGUCCAAUCAUCAUCAGAAGUAAAAUUAGUUAAUGGUUUUAUUUAUAAUGGUUUGUCAGUUGCAAAUAGUGUAGCUAUUAGUGAUGCAAGUGUUGUGAAGCUUUUCACUGAAUAUUGUCCAGUAUUUUCAGCAUGGAUAAAUCAUAGAUGCGAAAAUGAGGGUGAAGAUAAGCCUAUUUUAACAACUUCAGUUGUCACUUUAUUUUGUAAAAAAAAAGAUUCUUCUACAACUGUAACACCUGUUAUGGCAGUUUAUAAAGAAUGCUGCUUUGAUUUACCCGGAAAAUCUGGAUUGUGGUACAACUUUGUUUUCAUUUUAAAUAAAACAGUAUUUUUUUAUAUUGAUGGUGUUUAUAUAAACUCCAGCUGUAGACCUGCUUUGAACCCUCAACUACUAAGUUUUUUUUCAAUGGAAAUUAAGGUUUUUUCAGUUGCCACAUUUCCUACUUUAAUUGAUGAAGUUCUUAUUACAAACAAUACAAAGCCAGAACUAUUGUUUAAAAUGCAACUCACAGGUUACCCAAGUAAUGAAAAGAUUAAGCAGACCACAACACCUCUAGUGUUUAAGUUUUGUUCUUCUCAAGUAUGGUUUAAUGAUAAAUUUUUGGUUGGUAGCAGUUACUAUGAAACUAACCUAAAGAAAAUUCAAUCAGAGAUUGCUGACCUUAUGUCAUCAUUUGAAGAAUUUUUGUUAUUAGAAGUUGUUUCAUUAGAGUCCAAUGUUUUUAGUAAAGUUUGUGGAAAAUUUAAUGUAUACUUAUUGUUUCAAAACGAAAACAUCAUCAAAAUUAAUAAUCUGAAGAGUAAUUUUAUUUCAAACAUUUUUUCAGAAAACAAUGAAACAUAUAUGAAAGAUGACAUUCUUGAACAUUAUUCUAAGACAGUUACUUAUAACGUUCUUCAUUCUCAUAAGACAACUAUUGUACUUUCGCUAGAAAUUGCUGAAGAUUUUAGAUAUCCUGUUAGUAAAAUAUUGGUUCAAUACGGACCUGUUAAUAAUGAUACUUUUAAAAAAGUGUUGGUAAACAAUGCAAAGUUCAUUUACAUUGAUGGGUUGGAGUUAUUUAAAGAAUACAAAGUCUGCUUUUCAUUCCAAACUAUUAGAAAAAGAUUUUUUUCGUCAUGUGUGCAACAAAAUAAAACAUUUAUGACUUCUCAAGGAGAACCUACUGAGUAUCCACUCUUCAAUUGUUCACUAAAUGAAGAGAUAAAAACAAUAUAUUGUUACAUGUCUCAAAUCAGUUACACAUCUUGGAAUGGUAUACCAUAUGCUUAUGAGCUUGUGUAUUGGGUGAAAGACUUAACAGACUCUUGUAAAGAUUUGCUAAUUAAUCGUCCAAAGAAACACAAAGACAUUAUAAAAUAUAAUACCACAAGCAAUUUAAGAUUUCAAAUCAAAACAACUGACUUUCAUUUUGUGGAAUUAUGUAUUAUUGGUUAUGCAACAACAAAUGGGGGGCAAGGUAUUGGUAUUUGGAAGGAAACAGUUGUUCGUACCCAAAGAGAAGCACCUGAGUUUGUGCCUGAAAACUUUACUGCAAUAGUCAAUCAAAAUUCUAUUCAAUUUAAAUGGAAUUCCCUUGAAAAUACUAUAGAGGCUUGGAAUGAUUACAAAGUACCUGGAUUUUAUCAGCUAAGCUAUGGGAUUGUGGCUAGUUCUGUUUUUAAAGAAAUAGUGUUGACCACAAAAAAUAUAAGUGGUAAUGAGUUUACGCUGAAAAAUAUUGACUCUUGCUAUUUACUUAUAGCUAGUGUAAAUGCGUUUUCCAUUGCUAGUGGUCCUAAAAGUGAUUUAUGUGUUUUGCCAUAUCUAUCAGAGCCUUUCUGCAUGACACCUUUAAUAACAAAUUUUUAUGCUACCAGCUCAAGAAGUGCUUCUUUUAUUACAAACAGUUUCUUACCAACUUUUUUUCGUGGAACAAAUACUUAUUGGCUGUUUCAUGUAGAUGUUAUAGAUGAAAACUAUAACCCUGGCCCUCCAUCUGAUGAAUAUCUUCGUAAACCUGUUUAUUUGACUCAUUCAUUAGAGAAAUUUUCUGGAAAAUCAGGUCAAUGCACACAGAGUGAUUUUUUAGGUUACUUUAAUCAAAGCACUAGUUUUGUUUUAGAUCUGUUAGGCUUACAUCCCAAUACACAUUAUCAGGUAUCAGUUCAGCCCUGCAAUGAAAUAGGAUGUGGUAAAAUAUCAAAUAAUGUAGAGUUCAGUACUUACUCCGAUGUACCCAGUUGUGAACCGACACAAAUUCAAAUGCAAAACUUGUCAUCCACCUCAAUGAGUAUUUCAUGGCAAAGAAUAGGCUUUAAUUGUGCUCAUUCUGAUAUAAAUAAGAUAAGUUAUACCCUUAAAUGCUUUCGUCAAGAUAGCAUGCUAUUAAAUGAGAAUAUUGAAUCCACAACAAUACUGUUAACAAGUUUGAAUAAAUAUGAACAGCUUUGUUGUGAAGUAGCUGCUUCUAAUUUGAAUGGAACAGGACCCUUUAGCUCUCAAAGUUGUGCAUAUACUGAUGAAGACAUACCUGAUGCACCAUCAAAUAUCUCUAGCUACUCGGACAAUACAAGAAUAAUUAGAGUUGCAUGGAAUGCAGUUCCUUUUGAAAAUAGCUAUGGUUUAAUAACAGCUUAUGAAAUUUGUCGAGUGCAAUUAUAUUUGAAUGGUAAUAUUGGACCUAAAUAUUGUUUUAAGCAAAUAAAUUCUUUAAUUCUUGAGUUUAACAUAACGAAUCUUGAUAAAUCAAGCACUCAUAACAUUAGUCUAGCUGCAUGUAAUAAAGCUGGCUGUGGAAAAAGAAUUUUUAUUGUAGCAAGUUCGAUGCAAAUAGAUGGUGAAUGGGCUGAUUGGUCUGAUUGGACUGAAUGCAGCAAAACUUGUAAUAAUGGGACAAAGUCAAGAUCACGCAUUUGUAUGACUGCUCCUAUGAGAAAACAUAGUUGUUCUGGCCAAAGUACACAAAAGCAGGUUUGCCAACUUGAAAAGUGUUUAGUUGGUAAUUGGUCUAUGUGGUCAACAUGGAGUGACUGCAGUAAGACAUGCAAUAAAGGAGUUAAAAUAAGAUCUCGAACUUGUGCAAAUAAUUUAGGAAAAUAUAAUUGUGUGGGUGUCAACAUAAGUUAUGAAACUUGCUUAGUUGAGCAUUGCUCAGGUUUUAUUUUGGGGAGAGAAGGUGUUACUGACUGUGAUAUUAUUUGUGAAGAAAACAACUUAGUUUGCUUAAAUUCUUUUAAAAAGUUUUCUAACAAUAAUUUUAUUUAUUUUAAUGAUACAUCAUCUAUACUAUGUUUUGACAACUCCCCUGAGAGCUUUUACAGUUCUGAUUUAGAUCCAAGUUACAACAGUGCUAUUGGUUGGUGUUAUGGUUAUUUAAAAAUACCAAUAAAUGUUUCAUGCAAGAGCGAAAGUGUUUUUGUUUCAAAAAACAUGCAUAGAAUAUGCAAUUGUGUCAAUAAAGGUACAAUUGAUUUUGAUGAAUGGUCAGAGUGGACUUUUUGUACUGCAACUUGUGGAACAAGUUUUAUGAUUAGAAAUCGAGUAUGUUAUGGAAACUGUAGUGGAAUAACUGAAGAAAAAAAAAAUUGUGAUGUACCAGUUUGCCCAGUUGAUGGUGAAUGGGGAAAUUGGGAACCAUAUAGUGCUUGCAAUGCAAGUUGUCAUUAUGGAUAUUAUAAUCGUACAAGAAAAUGUGAUAGUCCAAGUGUAGUUGGUGGUGGUACACCAUGUCAUGGUCCAGAAAUAGAUUUAGUUCCAGAAUGUUCUGCUUUUCCUUGUCCUGUGCAUGGAGGGAUUUCAAUGUGGACUGAAUGGUCUAUAUGCAGUAGGCCGUGUGGCAAUGGUGAAAGAUUUAAACAGAGGUAUUGUAAUAACCCAAAGCCAAUGUAUAAUGGAAAUGAAUGUACUGAACCUACUGAAAUAUCUGAAGUUUGUGUGAUGCCACCAUGUAGAAUUGUUGGGGUCUACUUAGUUCAAAGAACACUAGAAAAAUGGCUUUGGCAAAUGUAUUACAAUACAUCAAAUGAAUAUCAAAAUUUUGCUAUGCAGUUUAAAAAUUCUAUUAAAGAAUACUUUCUUCGAAACAAUUUGGAAGGUUUAAAUGAUGUGGUGAUAAACAAAAUAAGGUCAGGUAGUGUUAUUGUGGAAUAUAUGCUGUUGUUUGAUUUUUUAUAUGGUCAAAUGGUCGAAUAUCUUGAUGGCGUUAGUUCAACUGGGAAAUUAAUGAAUGUAGCUAUUAGUAAUACUUAUUUCUCUUCAUUAGAUGUUAAUUGCCCACCUCCAUACAAUAUUUCUGUUACAUAUAAUGAAAGUGCUGUAGUGGUGACAUGGUUACGAAACAAAUGUAAAAGCACAUUAUUAUGGUUGUAUAUCUAUUUAAAAGAUCAAACAUUAGAAAAAUCUUUCUGGGAAUGGAAAGGAGUAUCCUCAAAUAGUCGUGAGUUGUUUUUGAAUAAUCUUGCUCCAAUGCAUCAAUACAAAGCUUACAUGUUGGUUGCGAUGCCCAAUGGGAAUAGUCUUCCAAGUGAAGUAUUUUAUUUUGAAGCUCCUGGAAAAGCUCCUGAUAGAAAACCAGCAAAUAUUACUGUAAAAUCAAUGAAGUCAACUGAGAUAUAUGUGGAAUGGACAGAUAUCUCAGAGCAAUAUCGCAAUGGUAAAAUACUUGGUUAUAAAAUAAGGUAUAAAGUUUACUGGUCAAAUGAUCCGUUAAACACAGUGGAUGCACAAUAUGGUUUUAAUGCAUUCAUUUUAAAAGCAUUAAAACCUUUUACUCUGUAUUAUGUAGAUGUUUAUGGUUACAACUUAUUUGGUGCUGGUCCGUCAAUUUACUCUAUGUGUAAAACUUUAGAAGAUGCUCCAUCUGCCCUAGUUCCAAACAUUGUUAUAAAUGAUAUGCAAUCAAUUGAUUGGUGGUCAGUAUCAUGGGAUCCUAUUCCAGCAGAGUACAUUAAUGGAGUUUUGCGUGGAUAUCGACUUACUUACUACCUAAAUUCUCAAUUUGGAGUAGAAGUUAUUGGAGAAAAGAUAAGAAAAGUUAUAAAUUUUGAUCCAUUUACACGUUAUUAUAAAGAACAAAAUCUUUUAAAUUAUGCCACUUAUGUAUUAAGCAUUGAAGCUUUUACCUCAUUUGGGAAUGGCCCAGUCAAAGAGUUUGAAGCAAAAACAUGCAAAUGUCCAGAGAACAUUUUUACUAACUGGUAUAUAAAUGAACCUUUUACUUCUACGAAUGACAAUAGCCUUUUUAUAUCCUUGUUACAAGAAAUUUUUUUUUUCUCAUGUGGUACAUGCAAAAGCUACUCCAAUAAGUACUCUACUCUGCACUUUAGAAGGUCUAAACAUGGGAAUCCUAUCAAAAAGUCUGAGUUUGAAUUAAAAGCAUCUAUUAAAGGUGAUGUUGAUUUAAGUUUUCCUAUAUAUGGAAAAAUUGAUCAAAGUUUUUCACCAAACAGUACAUUUGUUAUACUUUUAAAUUCUCCUGGAAUUGCUGGUGUUGUUCGAAAUGAAAACACAAUUGAAUCAACUAUUUUACGACUUGCUAUAAAGAUUUUUACUGUAUGGCCAUUAUUAUUAAUCACUUUUUUGAUUGCAUCAGCUUUUGGUAUGGUGAUUUGGUUUGUUGAUCAAUUUUCGAAUCCUGAUCAAUUUAUAAUUGGAAAUGCACGGAAAGGACCUUUGGCUGGCAUUUGGUUUGCAUUAGUCACUAUGACAACUGUUGGUUAUGGAGAUUUGGUUCCUCGAUCUAUUUUGGGAAGAAUAAUUUCAAUGAUUUGGUUCAUUAUUGGAAUAAUUCUUAACAGUAUAAUUAUUGGUUUCAUUGUUACUAAUCUUACAUCCAUCACAAAUGUUGAUGACAUUAUUAUGUAUGGUACAAAAGUUGCAGCAUUGGAUGGAUCUUUUGAACGUAAAACAGUUAUAAAUAGAAAUGGCAUCUUGCCAAAUAAAACCAAUUACAAUAGUGUUGAAGUGAUGUUGAGCGAUUUGGAAAAAAAAGUUGUGGACUUGGUUUAUGUAGAUACUUUUUCAUUAUUGGAUUACAAAACUGUUCUUGAAAGUAAAUCCCUAAAAAUAACUUUCAUUGAUUCAAAGGUGUUGACUGGCUAUGGUUUUGUGUUAUCAGGUUUAUUAAUAGGACUGAAAACAGAUGUUAAAAGUUUUAUUGCUACCAAAAGUAUCACAAUCAAUGCUUUUAUUGACUCUUUUUAUGACAGAUUUCCUAAACUUGUUACUGAGAAUUCUGAAGAGACAAUACAACAAAUGCUGUCUGAAACAUCUUUAACUUUUAUGAAAUCUUUAUACUAUCUUGGCAUUCUUAUUGGUACAAUGACACUUUAUGGUUUAUUUGUUAGUAUAAAACAGCGAACAACUAGAAUGAAAGUCCAAGUUGAGCCAAGCUUAAGCAACGCUAUCAGAGAUUUAGGUAAAACAAUUCAUGCAUUUCAUGGUCAAUUCUCGGAAACCGUUGAAGAAAUGACUAGAGAUCACGAGCAAGAGAAUGUGACUUUGUAUAAACUAAAACAAAACUAUAGAAAAAUUAAAGCACCCAGAGUAAUUGAGACAAUCAAGAUAACUGCUUUAAAAAACAAAUAUUUAAUGGAAUAGCAUUAUUAUACAAAUUUACAUCCAGUUGGUUUGAACUUUUUUACUUUGAAGAAAAUAUAUUUUAAGUGAAGUUUAUAGAUUUUUAGGUAAAUAUGUUACUGACACCGGCAAAGUA